AUGUACAGAAUUUCAGGGAAAGCGACUAACACUUUCAUUUUAACGCACGAACAGGUGUCCAGAGACCACGGAAGGGAGAAGACCGACCAUCCCCACACAGCUAUCCUUCUUGAGAAACUUCCAGACUACCUCUGGUCUGAAGGCCCGACUGACGUAGGUUUUUGUAACACAUGUAAACCAGUAACGUUUGAAAUUCAAAAGCGACCCCCCAUUUGGCAGUCCCAAUACCCUCACGAGCCAGCCGCGGCAGAGGGGAUCAGGGACACUAUAGAGGGACUCAUUAAGUCAGGAGUACUGGAGCCCUCUCAGUCCGCCUGGAACACACCCAUUCUUCCGGUAGAAAAGGCAGCAACUGGUAAAUAUCGCAUGGCACAUGAUCUCAGAAAGAUAAACGACAUGCUGGUAACGACAACGGUACCCGUCCCGAACCCAUACACUGCGUUGACUAGUCUAACACCACAACAACAAUGGUUCACGUGCAUUGAUUUGGCAAACGCGUUCUUUUGCAUACCACUACAGGAAAACUUGCGGGAUGUAUUCUCAUUCACAUAUGGGAACAAGCAACUACGUUAUACUCGGCUACCGCAAGGAUUUGCUCUUUCACCUGGUAUUUUCAAUCAAGUGUUAAAACAAGCAUUGACAGGUUGUCCGCUCCCAGAGGGCACGACGCUGAUCCAAUACGUCGACGAUAUCCUCCUCGCAUCCACUUCAGCUGAAUCCUGUGUGGAAGCAACAGACACCAUCUUACGCUGGUUGGCCACGACCGGUUUCAAGGUCAGUAAGUCAAAGUUGCAGGUCGCCAGGCGGCAGGUUUCGUUUCUGGGGAGAGUGCUGUCAGGAAGCGGCUCAGGGCUCUCAGCCGCGCACAGGUCCAGUAUUCUCCACCAUUCGCGUCCACAGAGUGUAAACGAAAUGCUUUCCUUCCUAGGACUCACGGGGUUCAGCAGACAAUUCAUUCCGCGUUAUUCAAAUCUCACUCAGAUUCUACGUGCAAAGGUAAACGAGAAGGGGAUGAGGAACCUCACUGCUGAACUCGAUUGGGACCAAGGGGCGGAGGAGGCAUUUAUUACACUAAAAACAGAGCUGGCGCAGGCCGCAGACCUUGCAGUUCCAGAUUACAGCGCGCCGUUUUACCUGGACGUUUCUGAAACAACAGGGGUAGUAAAUGGGGUUUUGUUUCAGAAAAAGGGGGAGGGUAAAAGGAAGGUGCUUCUGUAUAUCAGUGCCAUGAUGGACAACAUGGAAAAACGACACCAUGAAUGCACACAACACGCAGCAGGGGUUGCAAAGCUAUUAAUGAAAACAGCACACAUAGUCAUGGGCCACCCACUACACGUGCUAACAACACACAGCAUAGUAGCUUAUGUAAACUCACAAACUUUCACGAUGACGUCACUAAGACAAAGAAGGCUGAGCAAGCUGUUAGAAGCUCCAAACCUCACCUUCACACAUGAAGGCAUCAACAUGGCUGAUCACAUGAGAGAGGGGAAACCACACCAAUGUGAGUACAAGGUGGAGCUGGAAGCAAAAGCACGAACCGACUUAAAAAGCACACCACUGACACACUUUGAUUGGCAAUUGUUCACUGAUGGCAGCUGCUUCAGACAUCCACAACAUGGGUUGCAGUCCGGAUACGCGGUAGUCAGAAGUAAUGGGGCAGGAACAGAGGUUCUGGAAGCGGGAAGAAUUCAGGGUCAACAGUCAGCACAGAGAGCGGAGGUACUCGCGCUGAUAAGAGCGCUACAGCUGGCAGAAGGGAAGGCAGUAAACAUCUAUACUGACUCGGCUUAUGCGGUAGGAGCAGCUCACGUGGAGCUGGGGCAGUGGUUAAGAGCAGGUUUUCUGACGGCUGGAGGAGAACCGAUUAAACACGAACCAGAAAUGAAAGACUUGGCGGCAGCCUUGGCUCUACCAAGCACAGUGGCCAUUAUAAAGUGUAAAGGACACGAGCAGUCCAACAGCACGGUGGCGAAGGGAAACCAGGCAGCAGAUCAAGCUGCAAAACAGGCUGCAGGGUAUCAAAUGGGGCUCCAAAUGGUAAGUGCAGAAGAAGAGGGACAGUUGGGGCCACAACUUAAUGAGGAGCAAAUUGCAGAAGCCCAAAAGGGGGCGUCUCCACAGGUGAAAACGGUGUGGAAACAAAGAGGGGCUACGGAGGCUGGAGGCCUCUGGAGGUCCCCGGACGGUCGUCCAGUGCUACCACCUGAAGUCAGAAACAGGUGUUUGCAGGAGGCACACGGGAUGGCACAUGUGGGACACAAACAGAUGAAUAGGAAUCUUUGUCACUGGUGGCAUCCGUUUUUGGCAGACAUGACACGUGAAUAUGUUAAGACCUGUAAAAUAUGCAUCACGUUUAACCCAAAACCGACGGUGAAGCCGGAGAUGGGGGUGUUUCCGUUGACAUUGGUCCCGGGACGGGAAAUAGUCAUCGACUACACUGACAUGAUCACCCGAUGCGAAGGUAAAAGGUAUCUCCUGGUAUGCGUGGACGCCUUGACCGGCUGGCCAGAGGCGUGGCCCACAAAAAAAGAGGACAGUAAAUCUGUUAUCAAAUGUUUGAUAAACCAUUACAUACCAAGACAUGGGUUCCCUGAGAAAGUCAGGUCUGACAACGGCACACACUUCAAAAAUCAUGACUCACAAGAAGUGGAGAGAAUGUUGGGUCUGAAACAUGCUUUUGGUACAGUAUAUCACCCCCAAUCCCAAGGGAAAGUAGAACGCAUGAACCAAAACUUAAAACAAAAAUUGGCUAAAAUCUGUGCACAGACAAAUUUAACCUGGGUUCAAGCCCUCCCACUUGCAUUAAUGGCCAUCAGAAGCUCAGUCAAUCAGGGUACAGGUUUCACCCCAUACGAGCUGACCACUGGAAGACAGUUUCCCGGACCAAGCGCAGGCUUGAAGCUCCAGCCUGACCCGGAGACACCGACAGGUGAGUAUGCAAGUCAAUAUAACGAACUACGAGCUCUCGUUUCAGAUUUUGCGGUCCAGGUGCGAGACAGAACCGGAGGGCAGAACACCCCUGAUCCCCACACAACAGCCUGGGUCCUCCUGAGGGUCAUUAAGAGGAAGUGGUCGGAGCCACGGUGGACAGGACCAUACCAGGUGGAGGAGAGAACCUCACACGCUGUGAGGCUGAGAGGGAAAGGGGACACCUGGUACCACUGGAGCCAGUGCGCCCCCACGGACGAACCGGGUCGCACUCUUCAGGACAUCCUGACAACGCAGCAGAAAGAGACGGAACUGGGCGCUGGAUAGUGCCCGGACGUGCUCUCGGCGGGCAGUGACCGACAGACACCCAGUGCAUGGUGUUCUGUGUUGACUGUCUACAACGAAAGAAGAAGACCAGCGACGAAGAAAUGCACAAUGCUAUCCUCUCCUCUCCUCUGUUCUAUCUUUCUCAAUUCUCCGCAGUUAGUUUAGUUGAAAUAGAGAAUGUUGAGUACGCUUAAUAUUUCCAUAAUUGCUAUGGGCGGGGUAACGGUUGUUAUUGCAUUAGCUCUUAUAUACUUAGCUGUCACAGGUUCCACCUUGUUUGUUUGAGUGUUAUUACAGUGUUGAUACUAUAUAGCUUGGGUUGUUUUUGGGUAUAUCUUUCUGUGAGUUGUUUGUGUAAUCUAGUGGAAAGGAAGCGAGCCACAGUAAGCGACAGAACCAACACUUGGGGGUCCCUUCUCAAAGUCAGACACGAAAAGACAGGGCGUGGUGUAAGGUAAGAGGUUUAAAGGUCCGGGGGGAGGCCCUCCUCCAUCAGUAUUGAAGGGCGGAGAGGACUUAGAGGAGGAGGUCGACCUGGCAGACUUACUCCAUUAGUUAGGGUGAUCUCUGUAAGAGAUCAAAAGGGGGAAAUUGUGAGAUGUGGGGUUCUCUGUGUGUGUCUUCUUGUAUUUACUUUUUAGCUUGUAGAAUAGAUGUCCGCUUGUAGGACAGAUGGCGUGACCGGAUCGGUCCUUAUAAGGCAGACAAUGUGAAUGGUGGAAGAGAGAGCACAGGAAAAAUGAAGAUAAAAUAUUAUCUGAGAUAACACACCUGCGACCGAAGGGAGAGCCAGUUUGAACCCAUUUUCAGGGCAAGGCCGAAGGCUGCAGGAGAGAGUACCAGACACUCAUUGUUGUGGGAAGGCGUUUGUUACAGAAGGAUGAACUGGGUUGAACCAACGUUCAAGGGCACCAGAGGGAUUAAAACAGUGGAUUCUUCUAUCAACCAACUCGGGUGGAUAAGGAAUAUCC